GGCAGAGCAAGACCCAGAUAUGGUGUAGUAUAACAGGAAAGAAACAAGAAACCUAUACAGCAUGGAGGGAGGCCUGUGUUGAAGUAUCAGAGGAGUAUCCGACUAAGCAGUCACUGUGGAUUGUGGGAAGUGGAGGCGGAGUGCGACAUGCAGAAUGAGGCCCCGGGCCCGGCAGCCGCUAGUGCCAGCAGCAUCAGUACGACUCCCAGUGUCACCACUAGCCUGGUCACUACUAGCAGCACUGGGAGGCCAACCCUGCCCCACAUCUCUGUCUACGCUGGGAUCCCAGGUAGACAGACUGCUCAGGUGAUCCAACAGGCGCUCCACAGACAACCCAGCACGGCAGCCCAGUACCUGCAGCAGAUGUAUGCAGCCCAGCAGCAGCACCUCAUGCUUCAGACAGCAGCCCUCCAACAGCAGCAGCAACUGAGCAACACUCAGCUCCAGAGGCUAGCCGGUGUGCAACAGGUCCAUGCUACCAUAGUGGCAGGAAGACAGAGCUCCAACCAGAUUUGGACCUCCUCUCACCAGACAUGUUCCACACAGACCACUGUAAACCCGGCCACGCCUCCAGCAGCGGCCCAGAUAAUCAGCAGAGUCCAGAGUGUUAGCUCCACUCCCACCUGUAUCCCCCAGCAAGCUGUGCUCCUAGGCAACGCCUCCAGCCUCGUCCUCACCGCUAGCCAAGCUCAGAUGUAUCUGCGGGCUCAGAUGCUCAUCUUCACCCCAACUGCAGCUGUUGCCACUGUCCAAUCAGCAGCCUCAUCACAGUCUGCCACCAACCAACAAUCUGCUAGUGCACAGGUGCAGAACCUUGCCAUCUGUAGUCAGCAGGGGGCCCACUCCUCCUCUCAGCUCCAGGGCCUUCAUCUCAAACAGAUGUCUGGAGGGGCCCAAGUCUCCCUGGCUGGUCAGCUCAGGGGUCCAACCCAGGGGCCGCAGGGAGCACAACUGGGGUCCCUGGCGGCCCCAUCAGAGGGGGGGCAGAAAGGUGAGGGCCACUUGGUGACCAUGAGCCGCAGUGUGAUGGCCGUCAGCAGUCACCCCCUCAUCAGCCCAGCGUACGCACAAAUCCAGACGCACCAGUUUCUGCAGCAGCAAAAACAGCAGCAGUUUGUGUUCCAGCAGCAGCGACACCAGACCCAGCAGCUUUCUCUGAGGGGCCAGGCCCCAGUGCUACACACAGCCUCCAUCCACAGUCACUCUCAGGCCCAGAUGCUACAGGCCCUGGCUAUCCAGCCCCGGCCCAAGGAGGGCCCCGUCCCUGUACUGCCCAAACCAUUUGUCUCUGCGAAUGUUCCUAGCCAGCAGGCCACCAUCUUUCACUCCACCGUCAGUCCCCAGAUUCUUACCCACAACAGGCCAUCCCCUGUGGUCACCCAGACCCAGACUGCUCCGCUGCCCAACACCAAGUUAGUGCAGAUGGCUGCAGUCAACCUCCAGAUCCAGCCAACUGCUCUUACACCAGCCUCUCAGCUGGUUCAGGAUAGUGCUGGCAAGGAGCUGCCCACAUCUGAGGUAGUCACGGAGAACAGCUCCACUCCCCUCAUACAGCAGCCAACAGCCCCUCCUAUUCUUGAGGUCAUCACUAUUGAGCAAUGCCCAUCGGAUCCCAGCAACCCCACCACACCCACUGGAGGUAAGGGAGACGCUGAGUGGCUGAAUGCGCAACCAGGUGCAGGCUCACUUCCAGUCAUGACCUCAGGGAAUGGGAACAAUGCGCCCAUGGUGACAGGCAGUACCCCACAGAAUGGCGAGAGCAAACUGCCUCAAGCCAUAGUGAAACCCCAGAUCCUCACUCACUUUAUUGAGGGAUUUGUGAUCCAGGAGGGAGCAGAGCCUUUCCCUGUGGAACGCCCGUUGUCGCUGCUGAUCGAGAACCUGAAGAAACACAAACAGCAGACGCACUCUGACUCAGAGAAGACGACGACCUCCUCCAACAGCACCACUGACUCUGAGAUGGAGGACCUAUCACAGCAAGAGCUGAAGCAGCAAGAGGAGCCCACCCUGACGUGUGAGCUGUGUGGCAGAGUGGACUUUGCCUACAACUUCAAGAGAUCCAAGAGGUUCUGCUCCACAGUGUGUGCCAAACGGUACAAUGUGGGUUGUACAAAGCGAAUGGGCCUCUUUCCAAAUCGACAAACCACGAUGGAGAAACUGAAGAAGCAGAGAACAUCCAAUGGGAACCACCAGAACUCCGGCUCCGAGACCAAAAAACAGACUCCCAUUACUGGGCAACAACCUGGGGGUGGAUCGGUGACGUCCAGCCACCCCUCUCACCCUGGUCACAGGGAGUUCAGCCAGUGUUUAGACAUGUCCAGCUACGAGGGUCCCCCUUCACCCCCACUGUCUGCUGCCAGCUCUAGUGCUCCCAGGUCCCAGGCGGGCAGAGGGGCAGAACACAUGGAGGGCUGUGGACAAGAGCUGCCCCUCCUCUCCCAGCACUUCCAGCCCAGAGACCCGGCCAAGUGGAACGUGGAGGAGGUCUACGAGUUCAUCUGCUCCCUGCCAGGUUGCCUGGCGAUAGCCGAGGAGUUCCGCUCGCAGGAGAUCGACGGCCAGUCCUUGCUGCUGCUGAAAGAGGACCACCUCAUGGGCACCAUGAACAUCAAACUGGGGCCUGCGCUCAAGCUCUUUGCCGAGAUCAGUAUGCUGAGAGACUCGUAACCCCUCCUCUCUGGAGCCACUCCACACUGCCGGAAAGUGUCCAGAACACCGUAUUUAUACGGCACUCUGACCAGGCUCAAGCCUACCGCUGUGGCAGGUUGGUCCCACGGGGGUGGAGGAUGGACGAAGGGCGUCUCUGUUUCAUAGAAGCUGAUGGUCCAUAGCAUAUUGACAACGCUAUCUGAGUUUAGAGCUUUGCCUCUUUGGACUCUCCUAUGCAAUGCAGGAACUGUUAGCUACUGAAUGAGUUGUACUGUGGAUGUUGUACUGUGCACAAGGAACUUAUCCAGCUAGACUCAAAUGGACAAGGUGGUACUUAAGUUCAUAAAUGCCGUUACUAGUAGUUAGAGAUUCUCUGGUACAUCUGUAUACUUUUUUAGCCAGUAAUUCUGAAAGUAGCGCUCACGAGCCAAAAGUGGUCCCUGAAAAUUGCGUACUACGUAACAUAUGUGCAGAUAUGUGCAUCACGUCAUUGCUCUCUCGCUCUGCUGUGUGCGUCUUGCUAGCUGUCACUCAAAUAGUGAGGGGCUGAAGCACAUUGGUUGGAACUCGAAUUGUUAGGGGGAUGGCCCACAUGGGGGAAAAUGUAGGGAAAAUGGCACCGCACAGCUUCCAGUAAACAGCCUCUUUCAAACUAGGAUUUUGUGGCUAAUUGAGAUAAAGUAAUUCUGCUCAUAGAUUAUGCAUGUAUGAACUAAACAUGUCACAUGCACCAAAUACAACAGGUGUAGACUUUACAGUGAAAUUCUUACUUAGGAGCCCAUUUCCAACAAUGCAGAGUUAAAAUAUGAGGCAUAUAUUUGCUAAAUUAAAAGGAAAUGCACAUCCAGCCUGAAGUGGGAGGUUUAAAAAUAUAUGAACUCAGCAUAAAAAAAAUGUCUUCUCACUGUCAACUGCUUUUAUUUUCAACAAACUUAACA